AUGGAACCUAGCAGUAUGGUGGCAUGCUAUGAUGGCAGCAAGAGCAUCUAUGUGCUUGGCAAAGAUAUGAUUAGGAAUUUCCGUCAACUCCAGCAUCAGAGCUCUGAUUUAAUCCGAAUCGACAUAGAUACACUCGAAGCCACCAAGGUUGGACAAUCUGCCUUCUACAAUUAUGAACAACCAGUAGCGUUGCACUACUUCAACGAACAGAUCUUUGCUGUCAUUUCAAACAACCCUCAUUUGUGGACGAUCAACCCAGUCUAUGGCACUUCCAGCCAGUCAUUCAAGUUAGAUCGACGAAUCACCGGCCGGUCAUCGUGCCAUGAUGGCAAGGGCAGACUGUUCUUCAAGGAAGAUGAAAGCAUGUGUGAGCUCAACUUGAAUACUGGUAUCAUCCAGCAUUAUCCAGAUGCCUAUAACCUGCCUAUGCUUGAUACCAUUCUGUACUUUAAGUCGCACAACCGUAUUUUGGUCAAUGGCAAAUACAUCGUCAAUGGAGUUGGAAACAAUUAUGGUUCAUAUCUGGUGUCCAUCCCAAAAUAA